ACCCGCACAACCGGAAGUUCCUUUUCGGACAUUGCUAGAAAUAGACUGUGCGCUGUUUCCAUACCAUACAAAACAACCAUGCCAACAGACGCUGUGGAGAAACCAGUUGUAGAGGAUGUCAAGGACGACUCUGGGUCUGGGACCGAGUCUGAGAGUGACGACUCCAUGCCUGAUCUUGAAGACGGGGAUGUUGCCCAGCAGAGCAAGGUUGCAGAGGCUGCAGGAAUCCAGGAAGAGCUGGUGAGCAAAGCCAAACAGAGUCGCAGCGAGAAGAAAGCCAGGAAGGCGAUGUCAAAACUUGGCUUGAAGCAGGUGACUGGUGUCACACGGGUGACGAUCAGGAAAUCCAAGAACAUCCUGUUCGUGAUAGGACGACCAGACGUGUACAAAAGCCCAGCGUCUGACACAUACAUUGUCUUUGGUGAAGCCAAGAUUGAAGAUCUGAGCCAGCAAGCCCAGAUGGUUGCAGCAGAGAACUUCAAGCGUCCAGAGAACACUGGUGGGCUCGGAGAUCUUCCCAGCACCGUCUCGGCGCCCAUACAGGAGGAGUCAGAAGAGGAAGAUGAGAUUGACGAGGGUGGAGUGGAAGCCAAGGAUAUUGAGCUGGUCAUGUCCCAGGCCAAUGUUAAACGCAGCCUUGCUGUUAAAGCCCUCAAAAAUAACAACAAUGAUAUUGUUAAUGCUAUUAUGGAGUUAACGAUGUAACCUGCUCCUGUAUGUGUGUGUGAGAGAGAUUGUCUGCCCGCCUGAGUGUUUCUUUUGUAUUGUUGCCACCUGAGCAAAAUAAAUUAUAAAAUUAUU